AUUUUUUCGCGAGAAAAAACAGAAGAGGAAGCCUUUCCCAAUCCCAGGAAAAUCAAACUUCGAUAAGAUAGUUUCCACCAUGAUCAGCAUUCUCGCUCAGGAACGUCUUCUUGGUUACACUCUUGGUAGCGCUUUGACUGGAUUCAUCGUUUUUGAGCAGAGAAAACUCAUCCAUGACUCCGUUUCCGAUCCUAAAUCUCAAUCCAUUGAUCAAGCUCAGGUGAGUGAUCGUAUUUUCGGGAAGAAAUAUCGUAUGGAAUUUGCGUCUCUGUGGAACAAAGCUGUGGAUCAGACUUUUGAACCUGCGAUUGAGUAUCUUAGUUCACGUAAAUGGUAGAGAUGGAUAAGUUCUUUGCUGAAAUAUGUGCCUCGUGAAUUCGAUUGUUGUCGUGUUCUUGAUGAAAACCUUAUCUGAAUACAGCUCUGUUCUUGUUUUUGCUACUUUCUUGAAAAAGAAAAUUGUUGUGUUUUACUGAAAAUAUGAAGAAAAGCUUCUUAUUGUUUGGCUUAAUGAUUGAGAUGCUG